AUGUUCACUGCCCGCAUCUCUUCGGUCGCCCGUGUGGCGCUGCGUGCCUCAUCGACCGCUCCUCGCACGCUCUCGCUCAAGAAAAACGCACUGCUCAUUCCCGCCGUGCAGAGCCGUUACACCAAGUGAGUUCACUUUGAACCUGCUUGUUGAUUCUGGAGUAUGUUCUGUGGCAUCUGGGUUGUUGCCCCGUUGGCUCAUACGGGGUGGGAUGCUGGCGCACGCUCCCGGGAGGUGCGAAGAUGGACCCCCUUCGCCCCCCCCUCGCCCCCCCUCGCCCCGCUCCCCGUGGCUGCGAAUGCCAUCCUCGUCGUCCAGACGGGCCCAUGGCGUCGGAUGACUUUUCUUCUCCACGUUGCAACCCAUUUGUUGAACAUCACGACUGACCAUUCGUUUCCUUCUCGGUCUUGCCUCCGCUCCUGCGCCGAUCGCCUCACUCGAUUUUCGCCGACCUGCGUCACCGCACCUCCGCGCUUCGCAACAGCUCGAUCCGCCUCUUCAACGCGUCGUCGCUGCGACUGAACGACAAGCUCGAGGCCACCACCGCGCCGACGACCGCCGAGGAGGAAGUCAGGGCCGACCACUCAUCUGUUGAUCCUUUGGCCUCGACCGAGUCCAGCGAAUCGACCCCUUCGUCGUCUUCCGGCGAGGUCUACAUCGACCCUCUGCAGGCCCAGGCCGAUGCGACCGCCAACGACGGCGCCACCGCGGCUGAAGCGCCCGCUCAGACCCCUGACCCCGUCGAAGUCGCGUCCAGGACCGUCUUUGCCGGUGGACUGAGCUGGAACGUCGACGUCGACUGGUUGAGGGACGAGGUCGCCACCGCCAUCGGUUCCGCGGACGGUAUCGUCAGCUGCCGAGUCGCGCGGGACCCUACCGGUCGAUCCAAGGGGUCAGUUUCUCUCAACUUUUCCUUUCAAAAGCCCGCCGCACCCCUUCCAGGCUGACUCUCCCGUAAUUCCUAAUUAUUAGCUUUGGUUUCAUCGAGUUGACCACGGCCGAACAUGCGCAAAAGUUGGUCGAGGUUAGCCCCGUCAUCGAUGAACGCGAGACCCGCUUCGAGAUCUCGGACCCUUCCACCAGGAAGGAGCGUCCCGCCCGCGAGCGACGCUCGUCCGACCAGAACCAAUCCAGUACCCCCUCCUUUGGUCGACAAGAGAACCCCCCCUCGAAUUCGGUGUGGUUGGGCAACAUCGAGUGGUCGACGACCGAGGCCGACUUGCGCGAAGCGUUUGACCAGUUCGGCGAGAUCGGGCGCGUGCACAUGCCCCUCGACCGAGUGACGCAACGAUCGCGUGGUAUCGCCUACAUCGACUAUGCCGACGUGUCCCAAGCUGAGGACGCCAUUGCCGCGGCGCAGAACAUUGAGAUCAACGGCAGGUACCUCCGAGCCAACUUUGCCACCCGUCAGGCACCCUUCUCAAGGGCCAACGGCGGAGGUAAUCGAGGUGGAUUCAACAGGCGUGAUGGCGGCGAGUCCGGUGGUCGCUCUUCGUACGGCUCGCGAGGUGACAGGAACGAAAGGAACGACAGGUACGGCGACCGCCAAUCGAGCUACCAGUCCAGGCAAGGCAUGUCCGGCCGCGAUGAGGGGUGGUAG